AUGCCACACAGUCCUGCCAAAGGGAAAGGCAAGGGCAUGAUGAAAGAUGUGCUGAAGGGGCCGGAGGUGUGUAAGGACCCUGUGAAGCUCACCUCUCAUGCUGUCGGAGUCAACAUUCUUAAGCAAGGAGAUGACCCUGCACUAAAACCAUGCAAGGAAUACCCAGAGUGGCUGUUCCAGUUACAGCUGGGUCCCCCUAAGAAUAUCCAUGAGCUGGAGCCAGAUAGCCGUGAAUACUGGAAGGUCCUGAGGAAGGAGCACAUGUGGCGCUUUAACAGGUUACACCAAGGGAAGAAGCUGUAGGACCAGGGGCAGAGAUCAGCUGCUCUCUACAGAACUGUGUUCUCUGGACACCAGACACUAUAGCGCAGCUGUAACUUGACUGAGUCAAUACUCUCAGCCUGUAUGUCAUCGUUCUGCUGAAAAGGAAUAACCCAUCACCUCGAGAACUUGGACUUUGUAAGUGAAGGCAAAUAGAAAGACCUGGAUUUUGAAUCCAUCUGAACUUUUGCCUUUUGAUUUCAUAUCUCAAAUGUUACCAUGUGUAGGCUUCUUUGAAGAAGAUGACACAUACAGACAUGUUAUUUUAGAAUUAUGUGAGGGUAUGAGUUUUUAUUCACACCUUGCAGAUAGCAUCUGUAAUAAUCUGUGAUUGAUGCAUGGCUGUGCUAGAGACCAGUGGUGUGUAUUCAUGGCUGCCAAGGGAAGCCAGCCUUCCCCAAAAACGUUAUCAAGGAAAAAAAGAAGAAAACAUACACAAUUAUUUAUCUUUUGUCUCUCUGUGUUUCAUAAAUUUCCUUAAA